AUGGAGCGGGGCCUGGCCCUCCUGCUGGCGGGGCUUCUGGGGCUCCUCUCGCCAGGCCGCGCCCAGCCCCUGCACGUGGAGCCCCCGGAGCCCGCGGUGGCCGUGGCCCUGGGCGCGUCGCUGCAGCUCACCUGCCGUCUGACCUGCGCGGGCCGCGCGGCCGCGGUGCAGUGGCGGGGCCUGGACACCAGCCUGGGCGCCGUGCGCUCGGACGCGGGCCGCAGCGUCCUCACCGUGCGCAACGCGUCGCUGUCGGCGGCCGGGACCCGCGUGUGCGUGGGCUCCUGCGGGGGCCUCACCUUCCAGCACGCCGUGCGGCUCCUCGUGUUCGCCUUCCCGGCCCAGCUGACCGUCUCCCCGGCAGCCCUGGGGCCUGCUGACCGGGAGGUGGCCUGCGCCGCGCACAAGGUCACGCCCGGCGACCCCAACGCGCUCUCCUUCUCUCUGCUCCUGGGGGGCCGGGAGCUGGAGGGGGCGGAGGCCCUGGACCUGGAGGUGGAGGCGGAAGAGGACGAGCCCCAAGAGGAGGAGGACAUGCUGUUCAGGGUGACACAGCGCUGGCGGCUGCCGCCCCUGGGGACCCCUGCCCCACCUGCCCUCCACUGCCAGGCCACGAUGAGGCUGCCCGGUUUGGAGCUCAGUCACCACCAGGCCAUCCCCGUCCUGCGCAGCCCAGCCUCCCUGGAGCCUCCGGACACGACCGCCCUGGAGCCCCCCAACACGACCAGCCCGGAGCCCCCCAAUACUACCGGCCCGGAGACCGCCAACACAACCGGCCCGGAGCCCCCCACCACGACCGGCCCGGAGCCCCCCAACACAACCGGCCCAGAGCCCCCCAGCACGACCUCCCCAGAGGCCCCUGACAUGACCACACCGGAGACCGUCCCCCAGCAGGGCCCCACACACAGCCCCAGGCGCCCGGUCUCCACCAGGACCUACCGCCCUGCUGUCUCCCAGGCUGCGCCCACACAGGGAGAAGUGAUCCCGACAAGCUCGUCCAGCCCUGCGGGUGACCGGCUGUCGGCGGCUCUGUGGACCAGCAGCGCGGUGCUGGGGCUGCUGCUCCUGGCCCUGCCCACCUAUCGCCUCUGGAAACGCUGCCGGCACCUGGCUGAGGAUGGAGCCCACCCGCCAGCAUCUCUGAGGCUCCUGCCCCAGGUGUCGCCCUGGGCUGGGUUAAGGGGGAUGGACCAGGUUGGGAGUAGCCCCUCGUGAGUGGCCAGCCCUUCCCCCUGCGAAAGAAGGGAACUGCUUUCAAGCUGGAAACUGCUCAGGGAAAACCUGUUCGAUUCAAAGUCAUCCCUCCCUCUGAGACAGAAAGCAACGUUUCGUCUCCCCCACCUGCGACCUGGAAGCCCCUCCCUGUUCAAGUGGUCCCCGCCUUUCCAGAGGGGACCUACCUACUUCUUUGUACACACACUGAUGCCUUUUGUUUCCCUCAAGUGCAGAAAACCAAGCAGUGCCCGACAACCCUGGGCACCUGUCAGCAGGACUGCCCGAGGCUGCGUCACGGGUGCGCCUCCUUCACUCUGGCAAAUACACCUCCUAAAAGGACUGACACUGGGCGUUUUUCUCAGUUGACACCCACCCCGUGGAGAGGAGAGGUCCGAGGGCUCUCUGGACAGCUAGAGGCUGACUGUGGGCCCGUCCUGACGGCUCUCGUCCCUCAGUCCAGGGCUGGAGAAUAAAGAGCGUUUCGU